GAGCAAGCGUCCGAAGGCUCAUCUGGCGAUGUUCGUCGAGCAGGAACUCCUCGCCCCUUUGCUCCUCGGCACCAGCCUUAUCUGGCUCGUGUCCUUCGCGGUGGUCCCCUACAAGUACAUCACCGACCUGCACGGCGCCGGCGCCGCAGUCUUCUCCGUCCUCUCACUCUCCGGCCUGACGCCCGAGGCGCUCACCGUUGCGUGGUCGUGGCCAUAUUUUGCCGUCGACCUGGUCAAGUGCGCCAUGGACCGGGACGUGCCCUUCUUUGUCCACCACGCCCUGUCCCUGCUCGUCGCUGGUGCGGGCUACAACGAGCCGCAGCUUGGCCUCGCCGGCAAGGGAGCCUCGCGGGUGAUGCUCAUCGAGUGGUCUGCUCUGAUGCUGGCGCACUGGAACCGCGAUCGCUCCUCGCGAGGCCGCUACGUUGCGCUCGUGGUCGGCUACUUCUUCAACCGCAUCGUCUACCUCGGCCAUCUCGUCUACUUCGCUCCCGACUUCAGCACACCCACCACGGGGCGCGAGGCCGUCUGCCUGUGGACGCUGCGACUACUGCACGCCCUCAUGUGCGUCUGGUUUGCCCAGCUGCUCGGGAAGCGCUCAAAGUACAGCUGGAGCUGGCACGGCGGCAGUGCCGCGUAUCAGCAGGCAAAGCAGCAGGAGGAGGCAACGCCGGCGCCGGAGCCAAAGGCGGCAGCACCGCUGCCGGCAAAGGCGGAGCCUUUCCCAGUCUCGGAGGAGAAGGCCGCACUGAUGCCGCGCGCGGGCUCGCCGCGCGAGCCGCUUGCCGCUUGCUCGCCUAACAGCGAGACGCGCACCCGACGCAAGACGCUGAUGGCGCAGUGAGGGAGAACGGACGCGCUCUCCUCCAUAGUCCGUACAGGUCUCGCUCUCGGGGAAGGGAACUACAUGUAAUGAUGCACAUGCAAGGGAUAAGGGCGCCGGUGUCGAUGACAUGUGUUGGUGUCGAGUGCGGGAGGGGGAGUGUCGAUGCUGGCAUGUGGUGGGGCGCAGUUCUUUUCCAAACGACUAGGUAUGUAUCCUGAGC